CCCCAGUCUAGCGGCACUGCACCUGCCGAGGCGUGACAAGAUUUCGUGUCACGGAGGCGCCCGACGCCAUGGCAUCUGUUAUCGCCAGCAUGUGGGGAGCUAGGCGUGACCACGCGCUUGUCUCAUGCACCUUCUUGAAUGGACAAGUAGGUGAAGUUGAAUACACCGACUAUAUAUUUCAGAAUACCAAGACCUGCAAUACUGCUAUAUCUCCUGCUCUUUCACUAGUACCAAUCCACCAUGUCCGGCAUCAACCUCCCCAAGAACGCCCACGUCUCAACACACCCAUGUCUCCAGGCGAAGCUCUCACAGCUCCGAUCGGCGAGCACAGGGUCCAAAGAUGCGCAGACCCUGGUGCAUGAACUGGCUCUCAUGGUCGGCUAUGAGGCUCUGGCCGCUGGCUUAAAGGCACAAGACGCAGGCACCGACAAAUCCCCGCUCGGCUACGAAUACACCACAACCACCACCUCCCCCUCCCCCACCUCCAUAUCGCUCGUCCCCAUCCUCCGCUCCGGCCUCUCCAUGGUCCCCGCGCUUUCCUCCCUGCUCCCCAUGCCCGUGCCCGUCCACCACCUCGGUCUCUACCGCGAGAAAUCUACCUUACAACCCGUAGAAUACUACAACAAUCUGCCCUACCACACCCCGCACGCAGCUGGCUCAACCAAGCCCCAACCAGAGCUCGCCAUCAUUGUAGAUCCCAUCAUCGCGACGGGUGCGACAGCGCAGGCGGCUAUUGACACGCUGAAGGAUUGGGGCGUUAAGAGGAUUAUCGUCGUUGCUAUUUUGGCGACGGAGGAGGGGCUGCAGAAGGCGUGUGGAGAGUGGGAGGAGGGUGUGGAGGUGUGGGUCGGUGGCUGUGAUAAGGGGGUUGAUGAGAAGGGUAUGAUUAAGCCUGGGCUGGGCGAUAUUGGCGAUAGGCUGUUUUUGACGUUGGGGAAAUAAGUAAAUAAGGGGAUAUGAAUCAUGAAUGAAUGUGAUAUGGAGCAUCUAAUGCGAAUGUAAACGACGUCACGAGAUGUUUUACUCAUGUUUAUCACGAUCCAUAAUCUUCUUCUACGUCUGGACACGCAGGACCUGGACGGAGAAACAAUAGUCCAUGAGCGUAAUCCAUCCUUUCGAGUUGAUGUUUCCACCACUGUACCUUCCAUUCCUCGAGGUUCAACAAGGCA